UGUAGCAGUUCGGGAGUUAAGACGAAAAGGGGAACCCAUCUGGGAAACGUUUUCCCAUUUGGGAAACUUCAUGGUUUCCCAUUUGGGUAACCGUUGCCCUAAACGGGCGAGAAAUACGGUAAUGGUUUUCCAAUCAGGAGACCACCAAAAUCGUAGCCUUUUUCCGCAAUUCCAUAAAAUGGUCUUGAGAAUGAAGGAAAUCCUAAUUAAAAUCAAAAAAAUUAGUUUAGGAGAGGUUUCCUAUAUGGGAUUUCCCUAUAUGACAUGGGAAUUUCCCUAUGUAACAUGGGAAACCGUUUCCCUUUUAGUGUUAUCUCCCGAACUGUGUAGAUUGAUGCUUCUGAUUCGUUGUAAUUCCUAAAGUUAAUCCCUCUGUGUAACAAAAUGGACUCACAAAAACUUUGCAUUAUCUAGCGCCCCCCUCCUUUUUUCUGCCAGGCAGAUACUAGAGCGAAAAGAGCUUACAGCUGAAAACAAAGAAAUUCAUUGAUAGCUACAUAGCUAGCUAUAUAUAGUUGUAUGGCAAGGGAAGUUACCAGAUCAUUGCUACAGCAGUUUGUGUGAAUAAUCACCAAAUAAGGACGGUAUGCCCUAUGCACUAGCUUGUAUUUUUUAGAAGAAUAUUUACACAAAGACUAUAGCUGACAUCUUUUAUGGAAGUAAAAUGCAAUGAAUCGUAAACAUUACCAAUGCUGCCAAAAUCAAAAAUGCCUAACUGAAAUAAAGAAAAGAGUUAUCAGUUGCAGAAAAAAUGUAUUCAAAGUCUUCUGUUACUGUAAACAUACCAUGUCUCCCACAAACCAAUAACAGAAGAAGAGGUUGCACUGGGACCUGCGUACAAGGAAUUUUAGUAGCAGUAUUAAUUGUUACAUUAGUAUUUAAUAUCAUAUUUAUAUUGGACAACAGAACUAGAUUUAGAGGUAGAGCAGAAAAAAUUAUUAAUAUAAAUGAAUUUGUUAUUGAUGAAAACCAACAUAUUGUAAUUGACAAAAAUGAAGAUUUGAAAAAUCAUAAUCCUGUUUGGAAUACUGCUCUAUCUGGAACAAAAAUAAAGAUUGAGGCGAAAUCAAGCAAGAAUAAUGUUUACGUUUCAAUUGAUGGGCUUAAAGUGUAUGAAAAUAGUGUUGAGGACGACUCAGCUAGAGGCAUUCAUGUUGUCGUUCUGAAUGAAGUUACUGGAGUUGUGAUGGCGAAACGGAUAUUUGACACAUACGUGCCAAAGGAAGAUGAAGCUAUGAUACUUUUUCUAAACAUGCUUCAAGAAGGCCGGAUAGUUGUCUUCAUGGUCAAGGAUGAAGGUAGCUCUAGCCUCAAAAAAGCUGGUAAAAAUUCUAUAAAAAUGUUUGGAAGUCGUUUUGUAAACAAUCUGAGUUGGAGAGACACGUGGGCGUUUAUUUCGAAGAAAAGAAACCAGUGGUUAGCAGAAUCACAUCAAAAAGCACCUUCGCUAGAAUCUUGGGGAGCACCAAUCAUAGUCCAAGCCACAGUGGCAUUGUUACAAAAAGAAAGAGAUUGUAAUUGGGGUGAUGAUAAAGUAGCUACUCGCAGAAAACAAUUUUGUGCGAAAUAUGAAGGUUAUGGUACAGUGUGCAGCUGUACUAACCCUGCUCCAAUCGACUUACGCGGUUCACCCUUACUUGGAAGCCGUGUUGCAAACCUCCCUAUUGCGGUUAUUGCUGCAAAUCGUCCUCAUUAUUUGUAUCGUAUGUUGAGAGGGUUGUUGACAACACCUGGUGUGGAUCCAAACAUGGUCACAGUUUAUAUUGAUGGAUUUUAUGAUGAACCUUCUGCUGUUGCAGAGUUGUUUCAAGUGUCUGUUGUUGAACACACACCGAUUUGCAGUAAAAAUUGUCGGAUCAGUCAGCACUACGUAAGGACUCUUCGAGAAACUUUUCACAAAUAUCCAAAAGCAGAGUUUAUGAUUAUCCUUGAGGAAGAUUUGGAUGUAUCAAAAGAUUUAAUGGAUUAUUUUAGUCAAUUAUUACCUGUAUUAUCAUCAGAUGAAAGUGUGUACUGUAUUUCAGCAUGGAAUGAUCAGGGAUAUGAACACUCGUGUAAUGAUGCUUCAAUGUUGUAUCGUGUGGAAACUAUGCCAGGACUUGGUUGGGUGUUGAAAAAGAAGCUGUUUAAAGAAGAGUUAGAACCAAAUUGGCCAGGAAGCGAUAAAUUUUGGGAUUGGGAUAUGUGGAUGCGAAUGGAUGGCAAUCGAAAAGGUCGUGAAUGCAUUAUACCUGACAUUUCACGCACAUACCACUUUGGCGCGAAAGGUUUGAAUAUGAACAGCUUUUUCCAAGAUACUUAUUUCACAAAACAUGCUCUGAACACAAAAACUGGUAUCAAAUUUGAUGUUACCAAAGUUCGGAAAGACGUCUAUGAUGAAGAUAUGCACAAAAUGAUCAAGGAAGCAGAAGUUCUUGAUCAUUCCAAGAACCCCUGUUCACAGGAAGACUUCAUUCCAGAGACAAAAGGACACACUUAUGUCUUUUACAUAAAACAGGAAAGGUCCGGUGAUUAUGAAACGUGGAUUAACGUAGCUAGAUGUUUUAAAUUAUGGGAUUUAGACGUUCGUGGAUUUCAUAAACAAAUGUGGAGAUUUUGGAUUAAAGAGAAUAGAAUAUUUGUUGUCGGUACCAGUUCUCCGUAUGUUAUCUACAAACCUGAACACGUGACUCCUAUUUUUAUUCCAAAGAAGAAGAAAGAUCAAGAUUAGUUAUUUAUUUUUUUAUUAUUUAUACAAAAAUUGAUUUAUUGUUUAUAAAUGUGCUCUUCUUCAACAAUACAGUUUUAUAUUUACAGGUUGAAUUGUGUCUAAAUGUGGUGCUCAGAUGUAGAUUUCAUUAUAAAUUUUUUUAAAAAAUGUAUAUUUUAAUUUGUUUCUUCCCGAUAGGUAACUGUGUUGUGUUGUGGCCAUGUCAGGCUCCAGUCACUGCUAACCCCAAAGAUUUGAUCUGGCAGUAGCUACAUGUUGUUAAAUAUUUUGUAUUUAAUUGAGCAAGGCUACCGAAUAAAUUUAGCGCAAAACGUCCUGUAACGCCAUGAUUUUCACGAAAAAACUCUCAUAAUACCUCAAGAAAAAAUCUCUUAAGCUUCACAAUUCCUUGCUUUUGUAUUAUUUCGCCCAUGUUGCGGAAAUUGUUAAAGCCUCUUUUUUAUCGUUGUUAAAUAAUUGGUCGUGUAGAAUUGGUGCACAAUAGCGGAUGUAAAUUAGCGUGUUUAAUUUUACAUUGAAGUAUUGCUUCUCCACUUCGGCAAAAUGAUUCUUGGAAAAGAAAAGCUUGGGUGUCCCUAAUCUCCAGUGGAGGAUUCGAAGUAUCGUAUGUAGGGAAAGGAUGUUGUGUGGGUAAAGGGAUGACCUAAGAAACAAGGGCUUCAUCAGACGCACAGGUCUUGUUUCUUAUACCGCUUUCUGCUCGGGUAGUGAAAUUGAUCCGUGAUAGAAUCAAAACAACCCGACCUGGCGUAAGCGGUCGGUCAUUUUGAAGGGUCUCUCGAUUUGUUUGUUGGCCAUGAUUAACAGAUUUUGUAAGUAAUCGAUAACAAACCACGUGCGAUGAUUAGCGAGGGGAAAAAAGAAAGGGAAAAAUUUGCUUUCUCGUUGCUAAAGAAGACUGAGUCACGUGAUUUUAUUGGUAAAUAUAAUUGGUAUGUGAAAUAAAAUAGCCAAAGGAGCAAUUAAAAUCAAAAAUAGACUAAAAACAUAAGUGGUUUGAUAUCAAAAAUUGAUGAAAUAACAAGAGUUAUAUUAACAGUCGUGUUAUAUAAUACAAGUAUUAUGCAUAACAUGUUAAUUCGUUACAAAUAGAAUAAUAUCCAUUUUAUUUGAUCCGUAUCACGUGGUAGUGGUAAUUGUUUGUAAUACAUUCUAUUUCAUAAGGAUACAGCCGGUAUCGCAGUAGGUUACUUCAGUAAAACAUCAACAGUGAUGGCGGUUAGCUAGGUUACAUUCUCAUGUUGUUUUAGUAUAAAAAUCGCAAUAUUGCUGUUUCCCACGUAUUUCCUAAUAGGGUUUUCGUAUUGUUGUCUAGUGUCGUAAUAAAUUAUUUGAUACUGGUAUAGCAAAACAAACGUCAUUAUCGAACAGUAUGUGAUUGGAUUUACAAUAUUCCACCAUUAUUGUUACGUCAUUGUUUAUUUUUACUAACAUGAUAGUAGCUUUUUUGCAUCACACUUUUUUAAUUCGAUUGGUAACGAAGAUGUAUGUGCCAAUGUCGAGGGAUCCAUAUCGGCGAUUCCGAGGCAAACAACGUGUUGGGACGGGGGCCUAAAAAGAGAGAGAGAGAGAGAGGGAUGUUCCUUACAGAAGAUAUGGUAAUCCAUCUGUUCUAGCAUGAUAACUAGUUUGUAAAUACAAAGGGAUAGGUAGGUGGUUCGUGUUAUAGGAAAUAAUAAUGUAGUUAUAGUAAAUAAUGAUCUUGAAAAUUUUCAGGUUUAUAUUAAGUCUUAAAUCAUUUUGGUUUUGUGAGGACUAGUGAGACCCAGUUAACCUUACGGUCGGGAGCUUAUACAAGCCUUGCCUUGACAAGUAAAUCCUUGAUAUUUUUAUGCCGCAUAGUUGCAAUAAUGGGAGGGUCAGGCCAGAUUUUAUUGAGCUCUUGGUCAUUCUCUAUAAGGUGGCAAUGUUUAUUAAUAAUUUUUUUGAUUGUAGUAUUGUCCUUGGAAUAGUGUGUGAGGAAAACUAGAUAUCUUUGAGUAUUAUCUGUUUUAGGUUUAUCGUUAUAGAGUAAAUCCUUUUGUGAUAAGUUUUUUAUUUCUUUCA